AUGAGGAUUUCGGAGGUUCGUCUCUCGGGGGGGCCGAUGUCUCUCACGGUUCUCCUCCUGGUGGCGGUUUGGGUUUCCGUCGGCGCGGCUCCGGCGUCUCUUCUUCCCGGACGGCCGUUCAUGGCGGUGUGGAACGCCCCGACCGGCCGGUGCCGGGACGCGUACGGCGUGGACCUGGACUUGGACCCGUUCGACAUUGUGGUCAAUCAGAACCAGUCCUUCUCAGGCAGCGAGAUGGUGAUCUUCUACCAGACUCAGCUCGGCCUCUACCCGUACUACGACCAGGAGGGCAACCCCAUCAAUGGCGGCCUCCCGCAGAACGCCAGCCUCACCGACCACCUCAACGCGGCCUACAAGCACCUGGUGACCUCCAUCCCCUCCCCGGACUUUGAGGGGGUGGCCGUCAUAGACUGGGAGGACUGGAGGCCGUUGUGGGACCGGAACUGGGAUAAGAAGGACAUCUAUAGGGAGCGUUCGAGGGAACUGGUGCGGGAGGAACACCCGGAGUGGCCGGCGGAGGAGGUUCUGCUGGAGGCCAAGAGGGAGUUUGAAGAAGCCGCCGCAAAGUUUGUCACGUCCACGUUGGCUCUGAGCCGUAAGUUGAGGCCGGGAGGCCUGUGGGGCCUCUACGGCUUUCCUGGCUGCUACAACUACGAAUACAAGAAAGGAGGACACAACUACACGGGAGAAUGCCCGCCGCUGGACGUGGCCCAGAACGACCUCCUGGAAUGGAUGUGGAGGUCCAGCCGGGCGCUCUAUCCUAGCCUCUACCUGGAGCCAAUGCUGAAGGGCUCCGAGUAUGUCGGCCCGUUGGUCAAACACCGAGUGGAGGAGGCUUUCCGGGUGUCGGGGCAGUCGGAGGAGGGCGACCUCCCCGUAUUUCCCUACGCCCGCAUCGUGUACGACUACAGCAUGGACUUCAUGACCGAGGAAGAUCUCAUGCAGACGAUUGGACAGAGCGCAGCGCUGGGAGCGGCCGGAAUCAUCUUGUGGGGGAACACUGACUACAGCCGCAGCAAGUUGACAGUCACGUGUCUGCAAUACCGAUCCUUAUCCUCGUGCUAUGAGUUUGUGAGCUGA